AUGAAAGACGGGGAGGGGGACCUUACCCUGGAGAAUAUUGCGAACGUGAAGAUUAAGGCAUAUCGAAAUAAUAGCAUUUAUGCAGAUGGCAAAGCGGAGGAGGGAAAGCAGGACAAGCGGGAAAGCUUCUACAGUGUGUACAUUUUGACGUACAUAAAGCAUAUCGUGCGGAUAAAGGCGAACUUAGCCUUGCACGGGGGGCUUUACAGCAACUACUUUGAGAAGUAUGAGGAGGAGUCCAUCUCGAAUAUCAUGCUGGAGAAUUUGCUCUCCAAGGAGGGGUGCGACACCCCGAAAGGUAGCGGCAAGCAGGGUCCUGGUGGCAAACAGAGCGGAAGCGGUAACCCCAGUGGAAAUAACAAACAGAGAGGAAGUGGUAAUCCGAGUGGAAAUAACAAACAGACUGGAAGCGGUGAAACAAAGGGGCAGGAUAACCAGGAGGAGCACAAGGACCUCAACUACUCCAUCAAGGAGCUCCUCAAGAAACUGAUAAAGUCCUACAAAAUCAGAGAGAACAAAAUUUUUCUCGUCACGGGAAUGCUGGGCUGCGGAAAAACGACCUGCGUAAGUUUGGCCAUCGAAUACUUUAACAAAUAUUUACAAAUAGAAAAGAACAUGAAUCGAAAAAGCGACAAACGAAGCGUGGGAUUCCUCUCAGCGGAUGACAAUGUGAGCAAGAAGUUGUACAAGAAGACGCCGUAUACCGUGAAAAGCUACCAGCAGGAGGAAGUCUCUCGCUACGAGUCGUCAUCGAGGCACGUGAGGAAGAAGAUUAAGAUUCACUGCGACGAGCCACUUUUUAACUUCACCCCGAGGAAGGGGAGCAAGGGAGACGGCAAGAGCGGCGGCAAGAGUGGCAACAGUGCCUUCGCAAACCGAUACAUCAACAACGACUAUGAGAACAUCUCAUCCGAUGAUGAUUCCUUCGAGGGGAUCCCCCACGCGUGGGAAGAAAGUGAAGCCAACAUGAAUGCGCAACAAAUCAACAUGAACAUAAAAAACAUAUUCGAAAACAACGACCUGUCUCCUCUGAGAAAAAACACAAACAUACGGAACAAAAUUCAAUUUGAGGAACUCUUGAAGGAGCACAAUCAUUUGCCCCAGGUGGAGAACCGAACUGAUGAUGAAAAUCCCGAGUUUAAUGAAAAAUAUAAAAAAAUUGUAGAAGAAAUAAAGAAGGAAGAGAAGGAACAGAGGUGUAUCUACACCAUCCGAAUCAGUGCAUACCUGUACAGAGACGAUGUGCAAUGCAUCAGAUCCAUUCUGAGUCAGCUUCAAAAUUAUGUAGACGAAGGAGAGUCCAAGAUGGAAGGUAAUUUGCUUCUAAACGAUUAUAUUAUCAAAUUGGAAAAAUUACUCAUCCAGAUAAAUAAUGAAAAAAAACAAACUCUCCUCAUCAUCGAAAAUGUAGAAAAAUUCUGUCUACAAACGAAGCAGAAUCUGUUGUAUACUCUCUUCGAUUUACUACACAGAAAAAAUAUCUGUAUUAACAUCAUUUGCCUGACGAACGUCUUGGACAUUACUCAAACGUUGGAAAAGAGAAUAAAAUCGAGGUUCACGUUUGAAAUGCUUCACAUUUCUCCCAUUUUGAACAUCGAGGAAAUUUCCAAACUGGUAUACAAAAUAUUGUAUGUCAAUUUGGACGACUUUCACCUGAUAAAGAAGUACUAUUCUGUUUAUUUUACCUACGUAGAUUUGAUAAAGAUCCAAAGGUUCUUGCAGAUUUAUAAUUCCACUAUGCAGAAGGAGAUAGCCGAUGGGCUUCUCCUAAAGCAGUGGUCCUAUGACAUCAACUAUGGACUCGACAUCAGGCAUAUUUACCACACUUGUGUGGAUGCCAUUUUGUCCAUAUGUGAGUAUAGACAUAUUCUUACUGCCGAACGGGGUGGAGAUGGAAACUGCCAAGAGGGGGGUAAUAACCUCCAUAAGGGUCUCUUCCAGAAGAACGCCCUACUGGAUUCGCACUCAGAACACACUUCCUCAGCAUCUGAUCAGGAAGGAGAAUAUCUCAAGAAGGAUACGUCAAAUUCGAUCGAUGGCGAGGUGAAUCGCCAUGCAGAGGGGGAAGACUCCCAGUAUAACCACUUCUUGGAAGGAGAAAACCUUCGAGAGGCCUCCCCAAUGAAGGGCAGAGGUAGCAGCGUGGAGGACGAUGGCCAACUAGGCAACGAAAAAUUGGGCAUCUUCUCCAAGGAGAAAAAAGCUAACCUCAAGUAUCUUAGAGAACAGAGACCAGGCAAAUUAGACUGCACCCCCGUUAAAAGAAACUUCCACCAAGAUUCUGCAACGGAAGGAAAACAUGCAGGAGGUCGAGAUGGACACUUCCAUCUAGAUAUGAACAUGGAUAUGAGUCCAAGGAAGUUAAAGGAAAAUAUCAAAUUAAAAACCAAGGUGGAAAGUCAAUACAUUUUAAAUAACGUACAGUCCAAGUUCAUAAGAAGACACUACAUUAAAAAAGUGCUCCGAGAUCUCUGCACCAUUGAAUAUAUGAUCCUAUGUGCAUUCACAAGGUUGUACAAAAAAGAGCUACUUCCUAAGACGCUGUAUGUUAUCUUGCUAGAGAUUAAUAAAUUUAAACAAGCCUAUCCUCAAGAACAGAUUGUUGGUUUUUCUCUCGAUGCCUACAGACGAUCCUUCUUUCGGCUGGUCGAUCUGGACAUCAUUGCUCUGUCUUCCUACUCAUUAAGUCAUUUGAAUAUUAAAAAUUUUAGUAACGACCUGUUCGGUCUACAUGAGCCGACCAAGUUCCCUUACUACGACAUCUUCCUUGAGAACAUUGAGUCGUAUAAUUUGAACCACAACUUGAUUCAGUGGGUGAAGCACAACACGGAGGUUAUGCAGUGA